CACUUUAACCUCUAAGCCACGAGAGCCCCCUAGUGUGACAGUAAAAUGAAAAAAAGAGCAUAAGGGAAACGGUUAUAGUUUGAUAAUUGCAAGAGUGUGACAGUAAUUUUUUAAAACUAUGAGUGAGACUGUAAAAUGAAAAAGAAAAAAGAAAGAAAACUCUAUUUCGCUAUUGAUCAAUCAAGAGGACAGCUCAGCAGGCCAGCAGCUGUUGCUGAGAUUUACAGUUUUCGGUAGCAGUUUUGCCAGUAAAUAUUGCACAAAAAAUCUUUAACUGCUCAAUGAGCUUCAUUCAGUUCUUUGCUCGGAUGUUAUGCGGCAGGUUUUCCCUCUGGAAUGUUUUGAAGGCCGUGUGGUAUAGAUGUGCCUUUAACUAAUUUAGGUGUGACAGACUGACAGCUUUGUUGUUGCAGCCUCAAGAUGUGGUUCCCGCCCACUCGCCUGAGAAUUUACCUGGAGCUGUUAACUUUCGUGAGCGGCCUGCUUUUCUGGAUAUCCACUCUACAUUUGUCUCUGGAGAAAAACCAAGGGAACAUACCAGUCCAAACCGUGGACUGGGACAGAAAACAGACAAGCCUCAAACACCGGCCAGUCACAUCAACCAACACAUACAGUAGCGAGAACAAGCCUCAACGCUCGCAGAUUCUCCUGGUAACUCACGGGCGAAGUGGUUCCACCUACACGUCAGCGAUCAUCAGCGCUCACCCGGAGGUGUUUUUCUUGUUCGAGCCCUUGCUACUUUAUGAGGAUGACCGUUGGCCACCAAAACUUCCCUUGUACCGCCAAAAUGACAUGAAGGAAGAGUCGCUACAAAAGGUGAAGGAAAUGCUCAACUGUCAGUUCACCAACGGCUCCCUGGUGGAGAGGUCGUUAACAGUCACGACCUUGGCUCAAGUUUUCCAAGAGUUCAGCGCCUGUCGAAAGUAUAAGGAGACACAGGGAGCAGACGAGAGAGUCUGCUUUGAGAUGCUCCGUAUACCUUGUCAGAAGAGUCACGUGACUUUGGUAAAGACUAUUCGUAUCCCUCUCCCGUGGACGUUGAAUAUGAUUGAGGAAAACCCCAACUUGAAAGUAAUCUACCUCGUCAGGGACCCACGUGCGGUGAUCCUGUCCCAGAUGUUGCGCCUACGCAACCGUGGUAACCUGACUUUGGAACAGAGCCUCGACAUCUUCUGCCCACGUCUGCAGGAAGACGUCCAGGCAGCACGCGAACUUCUCUCACGUUUCCCGAAAAGAUUCAAGAUCGUUCGCUACGAAACUGGUGUCAUGUCGCCAGACCACUUCGCAAAAGAGCUUCUUGACUUUGCAGACUUGUCCUUUACUGAAGAGGUCGAAACCCGAGUCCGGGCUUUAAACGGCAACUCUAGUGGAUUCAGUCUAAUGGGCGGUCCAGUUGCAAGAGGCGGCCCUAUAAAGGAAAUGAACAAGUGGCGAUAUAAGAACGGGCGCCCUACAGUGGAAAGAAUAGACAAAAGUUGUGGGGAUGUAUACGGCGCCUUUGGAUACAAACCCCUUCUCCCCACAAUGGACCUCAGUUCACAAGAAUCUUUACUGUCGGACUCUGGGGCGGGUACAUUGUUUGAUUCCGAAAGUUUUACGUAACCUUAAUGAAAGAUUUUAGACUUUAUCCCAUCAGAAGUCAAUGUAUUUCGAUCAUAAUAUAUUUUUCAAUAUUAAUCGUUGUAGUCAUAAGAAGAACAAAUGCCAGAUAACAAGCCCAAACGUCACAUAGAACAUUCAAAGCCACAUAGAACGUUCAAAAAUCUAAUACGACAUUUUUGUCACGUUUAAAUGUAAAGAUAACAAAUGAUGUAAUAGAAACUUCAAAUGCCACAUAACGAAUGCGAUUACUCUCCGAACAGAUUACCCAGCGUGAGCAGAAUGUGCUCAAAUUGAGCUGAGGGACAAUGUCCUUCAGGGCAAAUUGAUCACCAAGAAGAAACUUGAGGAUGUUACCGCAGAAAGACUUUCUGAUGGGACUAAAGCUACCAGACAUCAAUAAUAUGCAUCCUGACUGUUGCACAAUAUUUUAUUCAGGAUUAGAAUAAUUCUGUCUUCAUCAAUGAGGCUGGGAUUAACAUGUUGACAAGGAUAACCAAAAUAUGCGCAAUCCGUUGUCAACGCACUGUUCGAGUGACGCAGGAUCAAAGGGGAUCAAAUCUCACAAUGACAUUAAGUGCUGUCAGAGCUGAGAGUGACCUGGUCUACCACAACUUUUAAGAAAGGGGUAGGGGAAGGGGUUGUGUGACAGCUAAGCGUUUCAACCGAUUCCUCCAAGGUGUUGCAACCCGUUCCAACAACCCCCACAGGGAAUUAUAGGGGGCCCUCGUGGCCUAGAAGUUAAGGUGUUCACCUCUCACGCAAUAGGUCCCGGGUUCGAAUU